CCGCCCCUACCUGUGUAAGCCGCUGGGCCGGCGCCUAGCGGAUAAAAGCGGCCAGGUUUGCCCGAAGGUCAGCGAGUUCGGCUCCCUCUCGCCCACUGCUAAGUCCAGCCCGGUGCCGCCAGCAUGUCCACCCGCUUCAGCUCCCAGGUCUUCAGCUCGCGCUCCGCCACCUUCCCGGGGCGCGGGGCGCAGGUGCGCCUGAGCUCGGCGCACACCGGCGGCUCUCGCAGCAGCAGCCUCUACGGCCUGGGAGCCCCGCGGCCGCGCGCGGCCAUGCACUCCGCCUACGGGGGGCCCGUGGGCGCCGGCAUCCACCAGGUCACCAUCAAUCAGAGCCUGCUGGCCCCGAUGCAGGUGGACAUUGACCCCUCCAUCCAGCAGGUGCGCCAGGAGGAGCGUGAGCAGAUCAAGAUCCUCAACAACAAGUUCGCGUCCUUCAUCGACAAGGUGCGGUUUCUGGAGCAGCAGAACAAGCUGUUGGAGACCAAGUGGGCUCUACUGCAGGAGCAGAAGUCGGUCAAGAGCAGCUGCGUCCCAGGCAUCUUUGAAGCCUAUAUUGCUGGCCUGCGGAAGCAGCUCGAGGCCCUGCAGAUGGAUGGGAGUCGCCUGGAGAUGGAGCUUCGGAGCACACAGGACGUGGUGGAAGACUUCAAGAAUAAGUAUGAAGAGGAAAUUAACCGGCGCACGGCUGCUGAGAAUGAGUUUGUGGUGCUGAAAAAGGAUGUGGAUGUUGCCUACAUGAGCAAAGUGGAGUUGGAAGCCAAGGUGAAUGCCCUGAAUGAGGACAUCGACUUCCUCAGGACCUUCUAUGAGACGGAGCUGUCAGAGCUGCGGUCCCAGAUCUCUGACACGUCCGUGGUACUGUCCAUGGACAACAGCCGCUCCCUGGACCUGGACAGCAUCAUCGCGGAGGUCAAGACCCAGUACGAGGAGAUGGCCAACCGCAGCCGGGCCGAGGCCGAGACCGCGUACCAGACCAAGUUAGAGACCCUGCAGGCCCAGGCCGGAAAGCAUGGGGCGGACCUCCGGAACACCCGGAAUGAGAUUGCGGAGAUGAACCGGGCCAUGCAGAGGCUGCAGGCUGAGAUCGACAACAUCAAGAACCAGCGUGCCAAGUUGGAGGCUGCCAUCACUGAGGCUGAGGACCGUGGGGAGAUGGCACUCAAGGAUGCACGUGCCAAGCAGGAGGAACUGGAGGCUGCCCUGCAGCGAGCCAGGCAGGACAUGGCUCGGCAGCUCCGGGAGUACCAGGAGCUCAUGAACAUCAAGCUGGCUCUGGACAUCGAGAUUGCCACCUACCGCAAGCUGCUGGAGGGCGAGGAGGGCCGGUUGACCGGAGAUGGAGUGGGAGCCCUAAAUAUCUCUGUGAUGAAUACCACCGGUGGUGGCGGCAGCGGGCUGACCUACAGGGGAACCAGUGGUGGCAGCGGACUGGCCUUCGGGGGAACCAUUGGUGGCAGCGGGCUGGCCUUUGGGGGGACCAUGGGCAGCAAUGCCCUGAGAUUCUCAAGUGGAACCCAAAAGGCCUAUUCCAUGAGGACCACAUCUGGCACUCGCAGGAGUGUCCUCAACUGAGCCCCAGGUGUGGGGACACCCGUAUCCCUUCCCCCCAGAGUCAUAAGAGAUUCCCACCCUGGUCCCAUCCUUGGCCCCAAGACUGCAAAGCCGUCUAAAGAAUGAUGUGAGAACAGCUUCCAAUAAACAGUCUCUUUCUGAGCCUGGGUGAGCCCAUGGCCAGCACCUGGUA